AUGUCUCCAGGGGGAUACUCAACAUCGCCGACAGAACAAAACCAACACAACAGCGGGCUGGUAUGCUGCCACCACGACCUCAGGCCCGUGCCAAACCUGACGGUCGAGAUUGUUCUUUUGGUCGUCUCCUGGUUGUCUGGGGCCCAGGAAAUUAAGCUGCUUCCUCGAAGAAAAAGCAUCCAGCCUAACGACCUAAUUGGCCUGAGAUCUUGGGCCACAAAGUAUCAAGUAUUUAUCGUGUGA